AUGAAGAAUCCGGUGAGUGUUUUCCGGCGGUUUUUUGGGCGGAAAGGGCGGAGGGUGAUGGGUUUUGUGAAACGGAACGUGGGGUUUAUCCGGGUGGGGCCGGCGGAGGAGGAGGCGAGUGUGCCGCCGGCGGGACACUUGGCGGUGUACGUGGGGGAAGCGGAGGGCGCCACGUGUAGGGUGGUGGUGCCGGUGUUCUAUUUCAACCACCCGCUGUUCGCGAAUCUUCUAAGGGAGGCGGAGACGGUUUACGGGUUCGAUCACCCCGGCGGGAUCCAGAUUCCGUGUAGGAUAUCGGAGUUUGAGAACGUGAAAUCAAGAAUCGCCGCCGCAGCCGCCGGCGGGGCCCGCCGGAGCUAG